UAUAUGAAACGCAUAAUAUAACUGUUUUCCUGCCAACAGCCCAUACAUAUUUUUGUUAAAUUUAUGCACAUAGUUAUCUGGGCAAACUAUGUGAGUUUAAAUACGUAACGCUUAUAGAAUUGGUGACUGAUUUCGAUCAAUGUCAAUGAAGAAUAUGUUGAAAUUAAGUAUUAAUAGUGAGAUGAUGCGUGGCGUUAGAGUAAUUGGACGGUGGUUCUCGAACUCGGUAGUUAAUAACAAGACGAAAAUGGACCCAAAACAGGCUGCAGCACUCAAUGAACAAUGUUUUGUUGUUGAUGAACACGAUAAAAUUACUGGGACUUUAUCAAAGAAGCACUGCCAUUUGGUAUCUCCAGAUGGUACGAUACCUCUGCACAGAGCUUUCAGUGUGUUUCUAUUCAACAAAGCUGGUGAUCUAUUGCUGCAGAAGAGAGCAACAGAGAAGGUUACUUAUCCCAAUUACUAUACAAACACCUGUUGCAGUCAUCCAAUUGCAGAUGUUGGUGGUGAGGAUGAAGAAGCUGAUGCUAUUGGCAUCAGGAGAGCAGCUCAGAGGAGAUUGAAUUACGAGCUUGGCAUACCAUUGGAGCAAAUACCAUUAGACAAGUUCAAUUAUAUCACAAGGAUACAUUACAAAGACAAUGGUAAUGGGAUUUGGGGUGAACAUGAGAUCGAUUAUGUUCUCUUCCUGCAAACAGAAGUCACAGUUAAACCCAAUUCAAAUGAAAUCUCUGAGAUUAGUUAUGUGCCAAGGGACGAAUUGGACAAUUAUUUACCAUCCCUCAGUGGGCCGUUGACCCCAUGGUUUGACCUCAUAUUGAAGAACAGGUUAAGAUUGUGGUGGGACAACCUGGAAAAUCUUGAGAAAUGCAAAGACCAUAAAAAUAUAUUGCAAUUGAAAUAAUAUCCUAAUUCAAACUAAUUUAUAUAGGAUUUAGAACUGGUGCUGCAUCAACAAAUAUUUUUUUUAAUUGGUUAUUA